AUGCUCUCGGCAGUCACAGAUGAUACUGGAGAUAAACAAGUGUAUAUUGUCUACAUGGGUGCACUUCCGUCUCGACCGAGCUACACACCAAUGUCGAACCACAUAAGUAUUCUUCACGAAGUCACUGGAGAAAGUUCGAUCGAAGGUCGUUUGGUGAGAAUUUAUAAGAGGAGUUUUAACGGGUUCGCGGCCCGACUCACUGAGUCAGAAAGAGAGCGAAUAGCAGAAAUGGAGGAAGUUGUGUCCGUCUUCCCGAACAAGAAGUUACAGCUCCAAACGACUGCGUCUUGGGACUUCCUUGGGUUAAAGGAAGGUGAGGGGACGAAGAGGAACCCGACCGUGGAAAGUGAUACCAUUAUCGGCGUCAUCGAUUCCGGGAUCACGCCGGAAUCCGAGAGCUUUUCCGGCAAAGGCUUUGGUCCUCCUCCUAAGAAAUGGAAAGGUGUUUGCUCCGGCGGCACAAACUUCACAUGCAACAACAAGUUGAUCGGUGCAAGAGACUACACAAAUGAAGGCACUAGGGACAGACAAGGCCACGGUACACACACGGCGUCCACUGCGGCUGGAAACGCAGUCGUCAACACAAGCUUCUUUGGACUCGGCAAUGGAACGGCAAGAGGCGGCGUUCCAGGAUCUAGAAUCGCUGCUUACAAAGCCUGCGACGAACACGGAUGUACCUCGGAAGCUCUACUGUCUGCUUUCGACGACGCCAUAGCAGACGGUGUUGACCUCAUCAGCGUCUCCCUCGGGGGGAAGUUUCCCCUAAGAUACGAAGCGGACUCGCUUGCGAUCGGGGCUUUUCACGCUAUGACCAAAGGGAUCCUCACUGUGCAAUCAGCCGGUAACGACGGUCCGGACGCGGCCACAGUUAUAAGCAUAGCACCAUGGGUCCUAACCGUUGCAGCCAGUAUUACGAACCGAGAGUUUGUCACCAAAGUUGUUCUCGGAAACGGCAAUGCGCUUGUGGGGAAAUCAAUAAAUGUUUUUGAUCUCAAAGGGAAGAUGUAUCCUCUUAUGUACGGAGAAUCUUUUAACGAGUCUCUCGUGAAGGGAAAGAUCUUAGUUUCCAGAUACAAAAUUAGGUCGAAAGUAGCUGUUGCAACCAUAAUUAGAGACUAUGAAGGCUAUGCAUCCGGAGUGACCUCUCAGCCCAUGUCUGCUCUAUCACAAGAUGACUUUGACUUACUCGUCUCUUACGUUAACUCCACAAAGUCCCCGCAAGGCACUGUUCUAAAAACUGAGGCAAUCUUUGAUCAGAAAGCUCCUACAGUUGCCUCUUUCUCUUCUCGCGGUCCAAACACCAUGGCUGUUGAUCUUCUAAAGCCGGAUGUAACAGCACCAGGAGUGGCGAUCCUUGCUGCCUAUUCACCUCUGGCUUCACCAACAGAUGGAGGGAACGACCCAAGACGUGUGAAGUAUUCUAUUCUCUCUGGAACUUCAAUGGCUUGUCCACACGUUGCAGGCGUGGCUGCGUACGUCAAGACUUUUCAUCCUGAUUGGUCUCCUUCCAUGAUCCAAUCGGCCAUCAUGUCAACCGCUUGGCCAACGAAUGCUACUGGAACUGGGACUGCAUCGACCGAGUUUGCUUUUGGAUCUGGACAUGUGGACCCAAUAGCCGCUCUAAACCCUGGACUUGUCUAUGAGCUGGACAAAGCAGACCACAUCUCCUUUCUCUGCGGCUUGAACUACACAUCGAAUACCCUGAAACUCAUUUCUGGUGAAGAAGUCAAUUGCAGUGGAACAACUUUGCCAAGAAACCUCAAUUAUCCUUCAAUGUCGGCAAAACUUCCAGGAUCUCAGAGCUCCUUCUCCGUCACUUUCAACAGAACCGUCACUAACCUCGGCAACCCCAACUCUACAUACAUAUCAAAGGUUGUCUUGAACCAAGGACCUGAGCUCAACGUCACGGUCUCGCCUAGUGUUCUAUCUAUGAAGUCAGUCAAUGAGAAGCAGUCUUUCGUGGUGACUGUUUCAGGCAGCGAUCUCGACCCAAAACAGCCUUCGUCUGCGAAUCUGAUUUGGUCAGAUGGCACACAUAACAAAAAAAGGAUGGCGAAGCGAGCAGUGUCCUUCUGUCUCCUCUCAUGUGUCGUUGUCUUGUGCUUGAGUUCAGUCUCAGCCGUCACUGAAGAUAGUCAACAUAAACAAGUGUAUGUUGUCUACAUGGGUUCACUUCCUUCUCAAUUGGACUACACACCAAUGUCGCAUCACAUGAGUAUUCUUCAAGAGGUCACUGGAGAAAGUUCGAUCGAAGGUCGUUUGGUGAGAAGUUACAAGAGGAGUUUCAACGGGUUCGCGGCCCGACUCACUGAGUCAGAACGAGAAAGAAUCGCCGAAAUGGAAGGAGUUGUUUCUGUGUUCCCGAGCAAGAAGCUACAAAUCCAAACGACUGCCUCUUGGGAUUUCAUGGGGAUGAAGGAAGGAACGAACACAAAGCGAAACUUGGCCGUAGAAAGUGAUACUAUCAUCGGCCUCAUCGACACUGGGAUCACGCCGGAAUCCGAAAGCUUCUCCGACAAAGGCUUUGGUCCACCUCCUAAGAAAUGGAAAGGUGUUUGUGCCGGCGGUAAAAACUUCACAUGCAACAACAAGUUGAUCGGUGCAAGAGACUACACAAAGGAAGGCGCUAGGGACAGCCAAGGCCACGGUACACACACAUCGUCCAUUGCGGCUGGAAACGCAGUCCCCAACACAAGCUUCUUUGUACUCGGCAAUGGAACGGCAAGAGGCGGCGUUCCCGCCGCAAGAGUCGCCGCUUACAAAGUCUGUGACUCGACAGGAUGUACCUCGGAAGCUAUACUGUCAGCUUUCGAUGACGCGAUAGCAGACGGUGUUGACCUCAUCAGCGUCUCCCUCGCGAUUGAUGGAAGGCCCGCCAGCUACGAAUACGACACCAUUUCGAUCGGGGCUUUUCACGCUAUGGCCAAGGGGAUUCUCACCGUGAGUGGAGCCGGUAACUUCGGUCCGACUACGGCUACAGUUACAAGCGUAGCACCAUGGAUAUUUACCGUUGCAGCCAGCACCACAAACCGUGCGUUCGUCACCAAAGUUGUUCUCGGAGACGGAAGGAGACUUGUCGGAAAAUCAGUGAACUCUUUUGAUCUGAAAGGAAAGAAUUAUCCAUUUAUAUACGAACAGUUUUACAGAGAUCCGAGUAAGGGGAAAAUCUUGGUGAGAGAACUUGCAAUUAUUUCAAGCGUAGCUGUUGCAACCAUAAUUAGAGACUCUAACGGCUAUGCAGUCGUUCGCCCUAGGCCAGCCUCUGCUCUAUCAAAUGAAGACUAUAAUUCUCUCGUCUCUUACGUUAAGUCCACAAAGUCCGCGCAAGGCACUGUUCUUAGAACUGAGACAAUCUUAAACCAGACAGCUCCUACAGUUGGUUAUUUCUCUUCUCGCGGUCCAAACAUCGUUGCUGUUGAUCUUCUAAAGCCGGAUAUAACAGCACCUGGAGUAGAGAUCCUCGCUGCAUUUUCACCUGAUGCUGAACCGUCUCCAAGUGACACUAGACGUGUGAAGUACUCUGUUCUGUCUGGAACUUCAAUGGCUUGUCCACACGUUGCAGGCGUGGCUGCGUACGUCAAGACUUUUCAUCCUGACUGGUCUCCUUCCGUGAUCCAAUCGGCCAUCAUGACAACCGCUUGGCCAAUGAAUGGUACUGGCUUUGAAUCAGCCGAGUUUGCUUAUGGAGCUGGACAUGUCAACCCAAUAGCCGCUCUGAACCCUGGACUUGUCUAUGAACUGGACAAAGCAGACCACAUCGUCUUUCUCUGCGGCUUGAACUUCAACGUUACAGCCUUGAAACUCAUUGCCGGUGAAGCAGUCAAUUGCAGUCGAACAACUUUACCAAGAAACCUCAACUAUCCUUCAAUGUCGGCUAAAAUUCCGGUGGCUAAUAGCUCCUUCGCCGUGACUUUCGAAAGAACCGUCACCAACUUUGGUACCCCAAACUCUACAUACAAAUCAAAGGUUGUCUUGAACCAAGGACCUGAGCUCAACGUCACGGUCUCGCCUAGUGUCUUGUCUAUGAAAUCGGUGAACGAGAAACAGUCCUUCACGGUGACUGUUACAGGCAGCAAUCUCGACUCUGAACAGCUUUCGUCUGCAAAUCUAAUCUGGUCUGAUGGAACACAUAACGUGAGAAGCCCCAUUGUUGUCUAUAACCAACCAUAAUUGAUGAGGCAUUGUCACUUACCAGUUCACCAUAGCCACCAAUCAUCAUAAUAAAAUCAAUCUCUUUGUUUCGCACCGUCUUUUGCACAAUCACCG